AUGGUCAAAAAUCUGAAGCCACGACGUCGAUACCAGAGCGUAACCUCGGUCUGUGACGGGUACGAGGGCGCCGCUUGCCCUUUUAGAACAGACGCGACUGCACUGCAGUGGUGCAUUAGCCCGAGAUUCCGACGAUGCCCUUUCUGGCUUGAAUUGGCUCUUCUAGUGGCGCAAGCCCCAUCUCGGCUACAUGGACGAACGCGGCUCGUAGAAUUCGAGGACAUGUCCGAGAUGGGAGCCAACGACGGCCUGCGUCGAGUGCAUCGAGUCCAGCUGCGGUUCUGCCGAUGCAUGACCAAGUUAAGUUAG